AGCGGCGACGGCGGCUCCAGCUGUCCGAUGGGAUGGCUUACGCCAAGUGCGCGGGGAGGCCCGGGCCAGUGCGCAGGCGCGGCAGCCCCGGCUGGGUCGCGUGUGGGAGGGGGGAGUCGGCGGCCGCGGAGAGAGCAGAACAUGAAUGGAGCAAAAUGGCGGAUCAUGUGCAGAGUCUAGCCCAGCUAGAGAACCUGUGCAAGCAACUGUAUGAGACAACCGACACCACAACGCGGCUCCAGGCAGAGAAGGCCUUGGUGGAGUUUACCAAUAGUCCAGACUGCCUGAACAAGUGCCAGCUUCUCCUCGAAAGAGGGAGUUCAUCUUAUUCCCAAUUAUUGGCAGCUACAUGCCUUACAAAACUGGUGUCGCGCACAAAUAACCCUUUGCCCUUGGAGCAGCGCAUAGACAUACGAAACUAUGUGCUCAACUACCUUGCUACCAGACCCAAGCUGGCAACAUUCGUCACACAAGCUCUAAUUCAGCUCUAUGCCAGGAUCACAAAACUGGGCUGGUUUGACUGUCAGAAGGAUGAAUAUGUUUUCAGAAAUGUCAUCACUGACGUCACAAAGUUUUUACAGGACAGUGUGGAGCACUGCAUCAUAGGCGUGACAAUCCUGUCUCAGCUGACAAACGAAAUUAAUCAAGCAGACACUACACACCCUCUGACCAAGCACAGGAAAAUCGCCUCUUCAUUCCGAGAUUCAUCGUUGUUUGAUAUUUUCACACUUUCGUGCAAUUUACUGAAACAGGCUUCAGGAAAAAACCUGAAUUUGAAUGAUGAAAGCCAGCAUGGUCUCCUCAUGCAGCUCCUCAAGCUUACACACAAUUGCCUGAACUUUGACUUUAUUGGCACAUCAACAGAUGAGUCUUCAGAUGAUCUCUGCACAGUACAGAUACCAACCAGCUGGAGAUCAGCAUUUCUAGAUUCCUCAACCUUACAGCUAUUUUUUGACCUGUACCAUUCCAUCCCUCCUACAUUUUCGCCCCUGGUCUUGUCGUGUCUAGUGCAGAUCGCGUCUGUCCGCCGAUCCCUAUUUAACAAUGCAGAAAGAGCAAAGUUCCUGUCUCAUCUCGUUGACGGCGUCAAGCGAAUACUGGAAAACCCCCAAAGCUUGUCGGACCCAAACAACUACCACGAGUUUUGUCGACUUCUAGCUCGGCUGAAAAGCAAUUACCAGCUAGGGGAGCUGGUGAAAGUGGAAAACUACCCUGAGGUCAUCCGCCUCAUCGCCAACUUCACCGUGACCAGUUUGCAGCACUGGGAAUUUGCUCCAAACAGCGUCCACUAUCUCCUCAGCCUGUGGCAGCGCCUGGCAGCCUCCGUUCCCUAUGUCAAGGCCACAGAGCCACACAUGCUGGAGACCUACACCCCCGAAGUCACCAAAGCCUACAUCACCUCCAGGCUGGAGUCUGUGCACAUCAUACUGAGAGAUGGCCUGGAGGAUCCCUUGGAUGACACGGGGCUCGUGCAGCAGCAGCUGGACCAGCUGUCCACCAUCGGGCGCUGUGAAUACGAGAAGACGUGUGCGCUGCUCGUGCAGCUGUUCGAUCAGGCAGCCCAGUCCUAUCAGGAAUUGCUGCAGAGUGCAACGGCCAUUCCGGUGGAUGUAGCGGUGCAGGAAGGUCGCCUGACAUGGCUCGUCUACAUCAUUGGGGCUGUGAUUGGUGGCCGGGUAUCCUUUGCCAGCACGGAUGAGCAGGAUGCGAUGGAUGGUGAACUGGUUUGUCGGGUUCUUCAGCUCAUGAAUCUGACAGACUCACGCCUGGCACAGGCAGGCAAUGAAAAGCUGGAGCUUGCGAUGCUGAGUUUCUUCGAGCAAUUCCGCAAAAUCUACAUCGGAGACCAGGUGCAGAAAUCCUCCAAGCUGUACCGCCGGCUGUCAGAGGUCCUCGGGCUGAACGACGAGACCAUGGUCCUGAGCGUCUUCAUAGGGAAAAUCAUCACCAACCUGAAGUACUGGGGGCGGUGUGAGCCAAUCACCUCCAAGACACUGCAGCUGCUCAAUGACCUCUCCAUUGGCUACAGCAGUGUUAGGAAACUGGUGAAGCUGAGUGCUGUGCAGUUCAUGCUGAACAAUCACACAAGUGAGCACUUUUCAUUCUUGGGUAUUAACAAUCAGUCCAACCUGAGUGAUAUGAGAUGUCGGACAACUUUCUACACUGCACUUGGGCGACUCCUCAUGGUGGACCUAGGGGAGGAUGAGGAUCAGUACGAACAGUUCAUGCUGCCCCUCACAGCUGCUUUUGAGACUGUGGCACAGAUGUUCAGAACCAACACGUUCAACGAGCAAGAGGCAAAAAGAACUCUGGUUGGCCUGGUGAGAGACCUGAGGGGGAUCGCCUUUGCUUUCAAUGCCAAGACCAGCUUCAUGAUGCUCUUCGAGUGGAUCUACCCACCCUACAUGCCGAUCCUGCAGCGGGCAGUUGAGCUCUGGUACCACGACCCGGCCUGCACCACGCCUGUGCUCAAGUUGAUGGCUGAGCUGGUGCACAACAGGUCUCAGAGGUUGCAGUUUGAUGUCUCUUCACCCAAUGGCAUCUUGCUCUUCCGGGAGACAAGCAAAAUGAUAACUACCUAUGGAAAUCGUAUCCUGACCCUGGGAGAGGUUCCAAAAGAUCAAGUGUACGCCUUGAAGCUGAAAGGGAUCUCCAUCUGCUUCUCCAUGCUCAAGGCCGCGCUGAGUGGCAGCUAUGUCAAUUUUGGGGUCUUCCGCCUCUACGGGGACGACGCGCUCGACAAUGCCUUGCAGACCUUCAUCAAGCUCCUGCUCUCCAUCCCACACAGCGACCUUCUGGAUUACCCUAAGCUCAGCCAGUCCUAUUAUUCAUUACUGGAAGUUCUUACCCAGGACCACAUGAAUUUUAUAGCCAGCUUGGAGCCUCACGUAAUCAUGUAUAUUCUUUCUUCCAUUUCAGAAGGUCUCACAGCACUAGACACCAUGGUUUGCACAGGCUGCUGCUCCUGCUUGGACCACAUUGUCACCUAUCUCUUCAAGCAGCUCUCCCGCAGCACGAAGAAGAGGACCGCCCCGCUGACCCAGGAGAGCGACCGCUUCCUGCACAUCAUGCAGCAGCACCCCGAGAUGAUCCAGCAGAUGCUGUCAACAGUGUUGAAUAUCAUCAUCUUUGAGGACUGCAGGAACCAGUGGUCCAUGUCGCGGCCUCUGCUUGGCUUGAUACUCCUCAAUGAAAAGUAUUUCUCAGACCUAAGGAACAGUAUAGUAAACAGCCAGCCUCCAGAGAAACAGCAGGCGAUGCACCUCUGCUUCGAGAACCUCAUGGAAGGCAUUGAGCGCAAUUUGCUCACCAAGAAUCGCGAUAGGUUUACGCAGAACCUGUCUGCGUUCCGGCGGGAGGUGAAUGACUCUAUGAAGAACUCCACCUAUGGGGUGAACAGCAACGACAUGAUGAGCUGACGUCUCGUGAGAAGCCUCUCUCUGGCUUGGGCCAGGGAGGUUAACUUUUCCGAUGGAAAGACAAAAGGGCAUUUAUGAUCCCUGCUGGUCCCUGGGGCUAGGCUGCAGGAGGAGGGGUGUCAAAAUCCACCAGGGCAGGGGGAUUUUUUCCUUAGAGAAGAGCAAGGGGAGAACACCCUCUCCCCACGUGAAUGUCAGAGAGGAAUCCCAGUGUCCUGCCACAGCCUGCCUUGUAUAAACAUGUACAUUUUUUCAUAACAUUUUGAACAAGGUUUAUAUUGACUCAAGUUUAAAAAAGUGUGACUGAAAUUUUUACAGAGUUUAGUGCACCAAUGCUGAAGUGAGGAUUGUAUGCAAGUGAGGAAGCUGUCUCCUGGCCACCUGCCGUGCAACUGGGUUAGGGGGUGUGAAAGCGCAGAGUUAUAUUUAGUAACAAGUGUAGAGAGACACGAUAAGUGUAAAAUUCCAAAUGUAUAUUUUUCUUAUACAUCCCUGUAACUUGUAUCAUCCUGCCCCGAUCUUCCCUCUUGUUGUUAGGAACUCAAAGCCAUGCCAUGCUCCACGAGUGUUUUCUCCCUGCCCUCCUUCUGGCACACCCUUUCUCGCCUGGCCCCAGGUGGCCGGCCACAGAAAGGUCUGAGCUGGUGUGUCCAUGCUUCUUUCUUAGCAUCCCCCCUCAGGCUCUCCUUUUAGUUCAUGUGGACCUCCUUGUUUCUCGGCUGCUAGGACGUGUGGAGAGUAAGCUGUUCGGGGCUGAGCAAGUCUCUCCUCGAGGGCUGCCACAGCAGCAGUCUUGUCUUGCAUUCCCUGCCCUGCCCCGCCCCGCCCCGCAGAUUUUCUGAGCCCCCUCUGCUACUCACAGACGGCCGUCUUCACUGGGAACCACCGAACUUGGUAUCGGCCGCUACCAGGACAAGGUUCUUCACAGGACAAGCCCGGCAUGAUGUGUAACACAAAUCCACAUUUUACCCUAAUGCUGCAGCAAUGUUUUGGAUAUUUAAACUUUCGGAAAGAAGGUUGGGGGGAGCUGUUUGCCUUGUACUUUCCCACCCUUCUUGCUGCUAGCUUUGUGCACCCUCUAGCCUAGCUCUAACCUGUCCUGGUUUUUCUUCCCAGAUAGUACCUGCUCCAUUUUAUUUUUUCUUCUUUCCCCUGGCGAUUGCGUGUUGGGUCCUUUAUGCGUGAGCAGAUUGCUGAAUGACUUGUAAGGGUGUUUGCUGCAUACAGUGUAAGCAUUGUGGCUGCAAAUAAACUUCAGUGGUUUCUACUGA